AUGAAACUAUACUCCGUGCGACCCAAGACUUGUGGUGGUACAGUUGCUGGUUUGUCGCUCGGAUCAUGCCUGAGUGAAUUAAAAGCGAAAGUUCAUGCGUUCUGUGUAUGUGCUGAUCCUAAUUUUUUGUAUGACUAUGUUCAAUGCCUACUUGAUGAACUCCAAGCAGGUGUUAACUCACGCGAUAUAGUUAACAUUCAAAAUGCCAUAGGUCUUGGCUAUGCUAGGAAUACCACUGAGGAGCUUAAAUUUAUCAAAGAAGUUGCUGAAGCUACUGGUGUUAUUUUGGACCAUGUUUACAGUGGAAAAGCAGCCUAUGUAAUGAUGAAAGACAUGGCCGAGAAUCCAUCAAAGUGGGAAGGAAAAAAGAUCCUCUUCAUACACACCGGUGGACUACUAGGUCUGUUUGACAAGGCUGAGCAGAUGGCCUCAAUGGUGGGAAAUUGGCGUAAAAUGGAUAUCCAUAAAUAAAAACUACUUUAUAAAAAGUUUGUUUGGAUGUUCAAAUAAAUCUUUUUUAUUUGUGUCACAAUUACUGAUGUGUCUCCAAAUACUGAUAUAUAUGUAUAUGUAUACAUAUUUCGGUGGUGGUGGUGAUUUAUCUGUGUCAAAAUUGCUGAUGUGUCUC